UUGGUACAGAUCAUCAUUAACACAACCCACCUGGAGCAGGCCUGUAAAUACCUGGAGGACUUCAUCACCAACAUCACCAACGUCUCACCUGAGACCGUGCACACCACGCGGCUCUACGGACUUUCCACCUUUAAGGAUGCGCGCCAUGCAGCGGAGGGAGAGAUCUACACCAAACUGAACCAGAAGAUAGAUGAGUUCAUCCAGCUGGCAGACUAUGAUUGGGGCAUGCCGGAGUCGGACGGCCAGGCCAGUGGAUACCUCAUGGACCUCAUCAACUUCCUCCGCAGCACCUUCCAGGUCUUCACACACCUGCCGAAUAACUGCAAUGACCAUGCUGCCAUGUCGGGUAAAGUGGCCCAGACAGCCUGUAUGUCAGCGUGUAAGCACUUGUCCACGUCCCUGAUGCAGAUGCUGUUGGACAGCGAGCUGAAACAGAUCAGUAUGGGAGCCGUUCAGCAGUUCAACCUGGACGUCAUACAGUGUGAAUUGUUCGCCAGCUCAGAGCCUGUCCCAGGUUUCCAGGGAGACACUUUACAGCUGGCAUUCAUCGACCUCCGACAGCUGCUGGACCUGUUCAUGGUGUGGGACUGGUCUACGUACCUGGCUGACUACGGACAGCCCACCUCCAAGUACCUUCGGGUCAACCCCUCCACUGCACUAGCACUUUUGGAAAAAGUCUACAGGGGAAUGAAGGACACCAGUAAGAAGAACAACAUAUUUUCUCAGUUCAGGAAGAAUGACCGAGACAAACAGAAGCUGAUUGAGACGGUGGUGAAACAGCUGAGGAGCCUGGUCAAUGGGAUGUCUCAACACUCCUAGAACACACACACAGAUGGACACACAGACAGACAGAAACACACACAGACAGAGAUACACACACACCAACCAGCCAUCACCUUUCAGUUUCACCAGAUUCCAAGCAUAGUGUAAAUAAAGGAAGACAACACACACACACACACACACACACACACACACACACACACACACACACACACGAGACAU